AUGUCUGAAGUCAAUAAUUUCCCCAUCAAGAAUGCUUUCAUUCCUAUUGAAGAUGAAUUCCUUGAUCAACAUGAUGGUCGUGUCAUGUGGAUUGCUGUCACUCUCUUAUGGGUCUUUUGGGGUCUUAUUUCAGUUGUUCGUGCAUUCUUCUCUGAAGAAACGAUGUCGAAUGGUACUGGGCCAUCAGAUAACGAGUCAAAUGCUGAAAAAUCACAAGGGAGAAAAUUCAUUGCCGCCCCCUCUCUUAAUGGUACAUUGGCCCCUCGUUUAGAGAAGGGCCAUCAGAUCAUUUCAAAUAAUUUAUUCGCUCUUAUUAGUUUGGAUGUCAUAAAUACAUUUGGUCGCGGCUCAGUUCGUGGUGCGAUGAUUAUCAAUUGGUGUGUUACUGCUUUAUCUAUUUUCUUUUUCGUUGCUGAGCUUGUUACAGACAGCAGAUAUAUCCGUAUCUUAUAUACAACUAUCUUUUAUUGUCUUGGUAUUGCUACUAUUGGUCUUAUUUGGGGAGAAGGUUUCAAAUAA